AUUAAUUUGUCAAUGUCAUAAUUGCCAUAAUUGAUCGCAUACUAUUUUUUAUAAAUCGACAAAGUUUAGUUACAACGCAUUUUAAAACUAAUUAACCACUUUUAGUAAUUAAUUACUGGCUGUUUUUAUACACAAAAAUGUCAGACGAUGAGAUGGAACGUUUCGAAAUUACGGACUACGACCUUGAAAAUGAGUUCAAUCCCAACAGGCCUAGGAAAAAAUUCAGUAAACAACAUCAAAUUUACGGUAUAUGGGCAGAUGACAGUGAUAACGAAGAUGAAAAAAGCACCGCGUCCAAGAGGCAACCCAAGAACUACUCUGCCCCCAUAGGAUUCGUUGCAGGAGGAGUGCACCAAGUCGGCAAAAAGAAGGAAAACAACAACCAGGAUAUAAAAAAGGAGGAAUCCGAUGAAGAAGAACCGAGAAACUCCUUUCAAAGAGAUAGUUCUGAUGAAUCGGAGAGCGAUGCUCCUGCUAGAGCAGGUUUUGGUAUGGGCGCUUCGAAGAAGCCAAUACAAGCAACGUGUACUGAAAUAAACGCAGAGAUCGCAGGCCUUCGAACACGAAGUUCAACGAAUCCAUCUCUCAUAAACAAAGGCAUGGGGCAAUGGGAGAAGCAUACGAAAGGCAUUGGAGCGAAGUUACUGCUUCAAAUGGGUUUCCAGCCCGGUAAAGGCUUAGGUAAGGAUUUGCAAGGUAUAGCAGCGCCUGUCGAGGCACAUUUAAGGAAAGGAAGAGGUGCUAUCGGUGCUUAUGGACCGGAAAAGGCAGCCAGUGUACCACAGUUAAAGGAAAUGCCGGUGAAAUCUGAAUUUGGUAGUGAGAAUGAAACCCAAAAAGGAGAAUCGAAAUGGAAGAAAACAGACUCCUUGAGGAAAAAGAGCAGAUACUAUUACAGAAGCGUUGAUGAUGUUAUUGAAAAAGGUAAACGUCCAGGAGCUUAUAGAAAUUUGGGAAUUGCAAGUGAACUCAGCAAAGUUAAGGUGAUUGAUAUGACUGGUCCACAGCAAAGGGUGCUCAGCGGCUACCAUGCUCUGAGCGGGCUGAAAGCACCACCAGGAGUUGAACAUUUCGAGGAUGUGGUCCACAAAAAAUGUUCCAAUUUUGCGUUACCUGAAAUACAGCACAAUUUGGACUUGCUGGUCGAUAUGUGCGAACAGGACAUCAUAAGGAUAGAUAGAAACAGCAGGUUCAACGAGGAUAAAAUAAUAGCUUUAGAACAAGACGAGAAAUCAUUGAUAGAUGCUUUAAACCAGGAGGAUAAAAUGAUAGACAACUUAAAAGUCGUCUUAAAUACCGUUGAAAAAUUAAUGGAUAGCUCGCAAACUUAUUCUCUAGGUCAAAUUGCGGAAAUAUUUAAAUCUUUACAGGAUGAACACUAUGAAGAAUACAUCAAUUAUGAAUUAGGCGAAUUAGCUCCGGGCCUGAUAGGCCCCCUUUUAACGUCGGCCCUUGCCAAUUGGAAUCCCUUGGUUAAUCCAAAUCAAUACGUCGAUGUGUUUGAGCAAUGGCAGGACAUCCUGACGGUGCCUCGACAACGUGGGAAUCUAGAAGGUAAUAAAAUGGGAAUUCAGCCAUAUGAUAGUCUCAUUUGGCAUACUUGGAUGCCUGUUAUGAGAACUUGUAUUAGUUUAUGGAACCCGAGGGACUGUGAUCCGCUCAUAACAGUCAUUGAAGUAUGGAGGCCUCUUCUGCCCGCUUGGAUUGUGGAAAAUAUCAUCAAUCAGUUGUUGAUGCCAAAAAUUAUGAAGGAAGUAAACGAAUGGAAUCCGCUUGUCGAUACAACGCCCAUACACGUUUGGAUUCAUCCGUGGAUACCGAUUAUAAAUGACAAGCUUCAGUUGACCAUAUAUCCUAUAAUUCUGGAGAAACUCGGAAACGCCUUGACGAACUGGCGCCCAUCGGACAGAUCGGCGAAGUUAAUAUUGCAACCGUGGCAGAGAGCCUUGUCUCAAGGCGCAUUCGUCGCUUUUCUACUUAAACAUAUUGUACCUAAACUGCAAUUGUGCAUACAGAAUUUGGCUAUUAAUCCCCAUCAGCAACAUUUAGAACCAUGGCAUUGGGUGAUGGACUGGAGCGAUAUGCUAUCUGUGGGCAACAUGACUCUAAUAUUGGACAAAUUUUUCUUUCCCCGAUGGCUUCAAACUUUGGCUUUGUGGCUAAACCACAAUCCGAAUUAUACUCAAGUUACAGAGUGGUAUUCCGGUUGGAAGAGAAUGUUGUCAGAUGAACUUCUGAACCAACCGACUAUAAAAGAAAAUUUUCAUAAAGCUCUCGAAAUGAUGAACCGAGCUGUCAAUAUUGGCCAGCAACCGGGAGCUAAAGAGUCUAUUUCGUACCUGAAAAAUAUGGAAGAGAAUGGUGUUACAUCGAAUACGGCGAAACCAAGAGUAGAGACGAUUGCGGAGGCGAUGAAAUCUGCUUCGAAGAUACCGCAAGGCUUCAAGGAUCUCGUAAUGAAAAAAUGCGAGGAUCGAGGAAUUUUGUUUGUACCGAUUGCCAAUAAGUAUCACGAGGCGAAACAAGUUUACAAGAUAGGUUCGAACGGAAUGCAGUGUUACAUUGACCGAAAUGUGAUUUUUUACUCUCAAAACAAUUCGUUGUGGACACCUACUUCACUUAAUAAAUUAUUGGAUUCGGCGUAGAUGUUAAGUUUAAAGUAUUAAUGUUUUGUAACUACUUGCAAAAAUAUAAAUGGUUCUUUUCUAA